AGCGAAAUACUCAGUAGGUGCUGCAAUAUAUUUUCGGUUUAUGUCUCUUUCGCAAAACGCACACCUUUGACGACCGAAUCAUGGUAACUUUAAAUUCAGAGUCCGACGUACAUUCACUGCUUACGAAAAUAUCUGCAUACGAAAGUGAUGCAUCAACUCCCCGUUCAAUUUGCUUGCACACUGACGAUCGUUUUAUUGGAUUCGAAAGAAAUGACGAUCCGCACACUGCCAAAUGGAUGGAAACGAAACCGGAGAAAAUCGGCUGGCACAAGUACCGGUAUCAGUGCUGGCAAUUUGGUAUACCGGCCAUUCGAACGAUUAAGGAUUGUCUAGAUGGGGAAAAUAAUUUAAAUUUAUCGUACUACAUUCCGAAAAGUAUUGGAUCGGUAUACGCGUUUGAAACAUUGUGCGAUCAUCCUGUAGUCCACGUGACCCGGAUUGAUAUGAAAGAUUGUCCGAUGACUGAAACAGGUUGUUUAUCGAUGAAUGAAUUCCUAAGGCGUCGCAGUCCGAUCGACUACUUAAAUUUGAGAAACAAUAAAAUCGGAUCCAAGGGAAUUGAAACAUUGGAACAGGGAUUGUAUGUGAAUCAGGGAAUAAAAUAUCUAAACCUUAGCGGCUGUAAAAUUGGCGACGAAGGUGUUAUCUCUCUGGCCAGAGCGCUGAAUGGUAAUGAAUCGUGUCAGCAUCUCGAUAUCAGUCACAACAGUCUGAACACCAGAUCUGGUUCUGCUAUCAGUGAUGUUCUAUCUACAACACGCAUUCAAGUUCUGAACGUAUCAUGGAACGAAUUGAGCUCGUACGACUGUGUUACGAAAAUAUUUGAAGGACUAAAACAGAGCAAACACAUAAAGACAUUAGACUACUCGUGGAACGGUCUGUCAAGUUCCGAAUGGGUCAAAUCAUUUAGACAGGCAAUGCUCAAAAACGAAACGUUGGAAACAUUGAAUCUUCAAAGCAAUCGAUUGAAUGGUGUCGCCGAUCAGAUAAUGCCAGCAAUAUCGAAAUCUUCAUCACUGCGACAAGUCUAUGUCGGUGAUAAUCCGUGGAACGAACAGGAUUGGAAGAAUAUCGUCAAUGUGUACCUGAAGCCAUCAAAUUUGAGUGUUUUAGGAUUGGGAGCACAUACUUACCUGACCGAGGAAUGUGUUUUGCUGAUGCGUAAAGCAAUGCUAGUAAAUCCAGAACUAAAGUUCAUUUACCAAGGUCAGAUUAAAGAGCAGCCCGCAGCAGAAGUUAGCUUUAAAAAUAUUUUGAUCGAUCGACUGAAGGCUUUGGCACUGAAACCCAAGAAAAAGAAGCUUAGGAAAAAUAUGGGACACUUUUUCCUGAAGUUAAAAACCGAAAAUAUCGAGUACGUCGAACCCGAUAAUUUUGCCGAAACUUUAACUGCAUUUGGUGCUAAGUUGGAUCAACGACUUAUCGAACAAGUUGCCGAUGAAUUUACAACGGAUGUGGUCAUUAAAAAUAAGAAAACGGAAAAAGUCCCAUUGCUCGAUGUGGCUGACUAUUACCUAGCACGGCAUCCGACUGAGCCACCAAAAGCGAAAGCAAAUAAGAAGAAAAAGAAGAAGAAGCAAGGAGACAAGAAGGAAAGUCCUGAAAAGAAAGACAACAAGAAGAAGGACAAAAAGAAGGAUGGCAAACAGAAAGGUGAUAAAAAGAAGAAAAAAAGAAAACAAAGUAAAUAGUCGCUGUAUAAAACCAUACACCACAUCUUCAAUCGGCUAUGAAAUCAGUAAAACAUAUCUUUGGU